GAUGACAGCCUGCAGUCACCUGAUCAAAUGCUUCUAAAGAAUUUUGGAUAGGGUGGUCUCAAAAAUAAGCUGACACCUGACAUGCAAUGGAACACGAACUCUUAGCACAGUGAGUGUAGGCUCGUCAACUCUGGAUGACACACGAGGCUGCCCUGGACCUCCAGACACCAACCAUCUCCGGCUUAAUCCAACAAAUGGCUGCUACCCAGUGUGUUCUUUGGUCAGCCCAUAACUCACACCCAACAGUCCAGAGUCUGCACCGUCGGAAGUGCUGUGUACAUUCUGAACAUGGAGACAUCCCUGCCUGCAGUUGAACACAAAGACCUGGAGGAGACUCCCACAUCCUUCGGGGAGAAGAAAGGAGGCGGCGAAGCGGAUUACAGGAACUCGUGGCCCGUGGCCUUUCUGCGCAGGGGCCGCCUGGAAGGGGAGGACGGCCAUGCCCACGGAGACCCUACAGACAGGUAGCAUGGUGAAGCCGGUGAGCCCCGCCGGCACCUUCACCUCGGCCGUGCCCCUGCGCAUCCUCAACAAAGGGCCCGACUACUUCCGCAGGCAGGCCGAGCCCAACCCCAAGAGACUCAGCGCGGUCGAGAGGCUGGAGGCCGACAAGGCCAAGUACGUCAAGAGCCAGGAGGUGAUCAACGCCAAGCAGGAGCCGGUGAAGCCGGCCGUGCUGGCCAAGCCCCCCGUGUGCCCGGCCGCCAAGCGCGCGCUGGGCAGCCCGACGCUGCGCGUGUUCGGCAACCACGCCAAGACCGAGAGCGGCGUGCAGAGGGAGAACCUCAAGCUCGAGAUCCUCAAGAACAUCAUCAACAGCUCCGAGGGCUCCAGCUCCGGCUCGGGCCACAAGCACAGCUCCCGAAACUGGCCGCCGCACCGGUCAGACGCCACCGACCUGCACCGCCACUCCUUCGCCGAGUCGCUGAAGGUCUACCCGACGCAGGCCCGCGGCAGCCCGCAGGAGACCGGGUCCCACGUGGGCCGGCGGCUGCUGGAGCAGUCGGCCGAGUCCUUCCUGCACGUCUCGCACAGCUCCUCGGACAUCCGCAAAGUGACCAGCGUGAAGCCCCUCAAAGCCAUUCCCUGCAGUAGCUCCGCUCCUCCUCUGCCUCCCAAACCCAAAAUCGCCGCCAUCCCCACGGUGAAGUCCCCCGAGGCUGACCCGGUGGAACCGGCCUGCGGAGUGAGCAGGAGACCCUCCCUCCAGCGGUCGAAGUCAGACUUGAGUGACAGGUAUUUCCGAGUGGACGCGGACGUGGAGCGGUUCUUCAACUACUGUGGACUGGACCCCGAAGAGCUGGAAAACCUCGGCAUGGAAAACUUUGCAAGGGCUAAUUCUGACAUCAUAUCCCUCAACUUCCGCAGCGCAAGCAUGAUCAGUUCAGACUGUGAACAGUCUCAGGACAGUAACAGUGACCUUAGAAAUGAUGACAGUGCCAAUGACCGGGUGCCCUACGGCAUUUCUGCCAUCGAGAGAAACGCUAGAAUCAUCAAGUGGUUAUACAGCAUCAAACAAGCUAGGGAGUCACAGAAGGUCUCCCACGUGUAGGAGGGCGGGUGGGCGUCUGUGCAUACGCGGUUGUGAAGGUUGUGAGGUCUCCUUGAAGUGUUGUGAGCUUCUCCACUCUUUGUGUUGCUUGUGGUGCAAUGUUUUCGAGUUGCAUGCCUGUCAACAUGAGGACUGACCUGGCUUCACCAUCGCUGCAGCGCCUGGCUGAACACGUCAUCUGCCAAAAGUUUCAGGCCAGAAUCCCAGUAGGGCUUUGCUCCCAAGCAGAACUGUUUACACGGAAACAGUAUACGACUUCGAUAUUUAUGUGGUUCUUGUGUUUUUAUACCCCCCGCUAUGGUGUCUUAAUUAAAAGUUUUAUCAACUGGCUUUUAAGUUGAGAGCAGAAUCUUUUUGAAAUACUACUAAAGCCACUUUGCCUACACGGGGGACAGUAAUAAGGGGGACAUAAGUGGGAUCUGCUCCCAGACAGAUAGUGACUGACUACACAUAGGGCCAGGCUGGGUUUUUUUUUUCUGUGGAAUAAAAUGGUGAGCCUGUUGUUAAUUGUUUACAUGUUGAAAUUCUCUUGCCAUUUCGUGAAGCAAUAUUUGGGGCUACGUUCUGUGUCCAACUCUGUGUAAAUGUUGAUGGUUUUGUGUAAUACCCCAAGGAAAGACAAUCGGGUUCAAUGAAGGAUGAUUACAUCGAGGAGGUUGGGUGUGUGGGGGCUUUGUUGAUGUUGUUCCAAUUUGGGAUCAUUCGGAAGUGUCCAAUAGUAAUCUUUUGUCAGAAAUAGCCAUCCUGAAAACUCUUACGGAAUGCCUUUACAAAAGAGUAAGUUUGGUUUGGGGGCCCAGAACUACUAAUCUCAUGCUGUUGGUCUCCCUCCUCCCCUCCCUCUGCUGUUGCUAUUUUAUUUGGGAUGGAGGAGCGGGGCAUGUGCAGGUUUGAGCUGUCUGAGCAAAACGGAAAUACCACCCAUAUCGAUCCCGAGCCUCCCAUUCUAAAGGGAAGAGUGUGGAGGCUCAGCCGAGCCAUGUCUGAGCAGUAUGAUUCUGUCGUCUCGCUGUGUUCCGCUCUCACGUUGUAGGUCUUUGUUACAACUCUGCAAAGCUCUAGGAACAGCACUAUGUAGCUUUCUACCUAUGGUCGCUCUGGCUGCCUAUCAGCAUGCCCGCCUCCCCCACUCACCUGUCCUGCAGGUGGUUCAGUUCGCUGUCAACCAGCUGAUGACAGGGUGGCGUAAUUGCAGAGAGGUCACAGUGCUGUGGUCUGCUUCGUGGCUCUUGUGGUCACGCUCGGAAGUCCUCAGCAGCACGACCUUAGACUUGAUCAGCUAAUCUGAAACUUUCUAUGGUGUAAAUGCUGUAAGACUUUGUACAUACUUUCAGCUGUUACGAAAUCUUUAAGAAAACAAAGGAAAAGUUAUGUCAAUAAAUAGCUCUGGUGCAGGCACUGGUGGUGGUGCUUUCUCUUUGUCCUUCCCUUUUCUUGCUCCCUGAAACUUUCAUUUGGCCUGUGAGCCAGAAGGCGGAUUUUUGAUAGUCUCCAAGAAACAUCAAUUCAUUUAGCUAUUUUCACCAUAUCCCACUGACUCUGAACAGUAUUCUUAAUUGUAGCUUUUGCCAAAGAGUUACAUCAAGGUUCCUAAAAUACGCUGUUGCCUCUUUACUUAGUUCACACUUGGGUUAUUUUUGUCUUUUCUUAACCAUCAGGAUUUUUCACAUCUUCUACAAGAUUCUCCAGUCAUAAAUAUUUAUGGAUUCUCACAGCAGAGGCGUACUUUCAAAGAGUCUGGCUCUGUUUAUUUGUACGCACCCAGCAUCGGUGCCACUGUACGGGUCUAUCCAUCCAUUCAUUCAUUCACUCAGUCUCCUUCAACAUGUCACCUGUUCAGCCACUCCCUUUUUCUGGCAUCUUCGUCGGUACAGGACCGCCAUGCUCAGCGACAGUCUCUGCUGUGAGGAACUGGUCUUUUCACAUUUAUUUUAAGAGAAACAUCACUCCUGCGAGUGGACAUGUCCCAUCUCCUAUUGUCUGGAUAUUGACUAUUCAAUGAGUAUGUAUUAGACUAAGUAAUUUGAAGGUUAACAUUUCUCCCGGCAUUCCAUACAAUACGUCAUGUAAAAGGAAGCAUUAUUUAAGAAGUAAUUUUUAGGAACAGAUGAUAGGAUUCUCAACUAUUCCCAUGUUUAUAAACAGUUCCUUCUUAAAAGCAAAGUGGGUUCCUUGACUCUGCUGGCUUUGAAUUCCUCCUGGUUCUCUCACUAAUCUUCAGCUGAACUGGAACCCGCUUCCCAGGAGAAACGUUUUCGAAUGCAGCUGUGAGUGGUGAUGGUACCCUGCAUUGAAGAUAGUAGAAGAAAAGGAAGUUCUCUGGAAAAACAAACGACAACAGCAAAGUUUCCAGACCUCACCAUUUGUGUGGCAAUGUGGCCAUUCAAAUAUACGUGGCUUACCGCCUGGCCCUUUUCUGGGGCUACUGAAAUGCUAAAAAUAGAUAUUUUCCUUAAAAAGUAUUUUGACUUGGGGAGGGGGAUGCUGGGGCAAAUGAGCACUUCUUAACUACUCGCACUGCUUUGUCGCUGCGUGUGCUGUUUUAGUCAAAGACCGUGUUAGACGCUUCCAGUAUUUCAACACAGUGUGUGAUCUGUAUUCAGACAGGACGAUAAAUCAUCCCACUGUAAUCCA